CCGAGACCCAGAUCUAUCGUCGGGGUACUUAGGGGGGAGAACCGCUGUUUGUUUUAGUCAGUCUCAAAUCCGUUUCUGGUCAUUGUCAUCCCUUGCCAGAGACUUUUCGAAUUGCCCUCGUGGGUACCGUGGUUUCUCGGUCAACUUUAAUCUCCUGCUGCCCCUGCGUGUCACUUGACUGGAAGUUGAGGCUAUUCGUAUUGACCCUUGCUUAAGGCCGCUCGACACUGGCGCUGUGCAACUUCUGAAAGGAACAUUUUCUGUCCCAGCUCACUUCUCUCGGGUCGGGCUCUUCUUUCUGCUUGGGAGGUGAAAGACCCCGCAUAUGUCACACAGACAUCAUCCAUCCCCAGCGAACCAGCAAGACACAGACAACCCCAUCUCAGCAUGGCAAGUGACAGCAAGCCCCAUGUCGUUGAGACCGGCACUGUACCGGCCGCUGCUGCGACAAAGCCCAGUUUCGGGAGCCGCGUUGCGGCUCAUUUCAAGCGGUGGUGGUGGGUGCACCUCAUCAUCUUGAUUGUGGUGGUGCUGGUGGUGGUGCUGCCGGUAGUUUACGUUGGUUACCCCAAUAUCGCCCAGCAUGAUAUCAACAAGUCAACUUUGAAUAUCACUAGCAUGGCAAUCAGUGAUCCGACGCCCAAUUCCUUCCAUCUGCAAGAGACACAGGUUAUCGGGUCUAGCAGCGCCUUCAAGCCCAACAUCUACUCCUUCGGUGCCGCCAUCAGUCUUCUGGGCGGAGCUCCCUUCAUCACAGUUCAGAUUCCCAAAUUCAAAGCACAUGAUGGCGCCCAGGUCGAUGUCGACCAAGACGUUAACAUCACCGACGUGGCGGCAUUUACCGAGUUCAGCAAGGCGGUCAUGCUAAAUGAGGAGAUCCAGAUGAAUGUGUACGGCAAGGCUGAUCUGAAAGAGGGUAGCCUGCCCAAGACGAAGAUCACAUACAAUAAGACAACAACCAUCAAGGGUCUCAACAAACUCAAGGGGUUCGAGCUAGUCGAUCUUACCAUCUCGACUUCUACGAAGAGUGGAAAUAAUGGCAAGGGGACCGUCUACAUCCCCAACCCUUCGCCCUUCACACUCACUUUGGGCAAUGUCACACUUGACCUAUCCGUCAAUGGCACUGCUAUUGGCCAAUCCUACCUGACCGACCUCACCAUCCGCCCCGGCAACAAUACCCUUCCCAUGACUGCCAACGUUAGCACCCUCACCGUGGCAGGCAUGCUUGGUAGUUAUCCCACUUUGAUGCUUCCCGUUGACAUCAUCGGCAAUUCGAGCGUCUACAACGGCGAGGAACUAUCGUAUUUCGCCGACGCUCUAGCUGCUAACACACUCAGCGUAGAGCUGAACGUGACGAAGGCAUUGGGAGGUAUUCUUUAGCUUGGGGUCAUCGCUUUCUUGGGAAAAUCUAGGAUCGGAGAUGAAAAGUUGAGAUGGGGCCCGUCUAUCUUGCUCGAAAUGGUUAUCCUGUAUAUGUUACAUUAAUGCUUUUCUUUUGUGAUAUGUUGUGUCAUGACGAGGAUUGAUGAGUGAAAUGGUAUCUAUGCUCAAUGGCUAUAUAAUAAGGUUUACUGCUAUGAGGAUGAAUUGAAAGACCUGUCAUCUG